AUCAGGUCUGGAGUGGACAAACGAGGAUAUAGCUGAAAAUUAUUGCCCCGAAGGCAGUUGGGAUCUGAACUCAAAUGAUGACAACCCCGCUCCCGAGAUGAAGAUCAAAGACGGCAAACAGACGCAGAAUCGCCACGGAACGAGAUGUGCCGGCGAGAUUGCUGCUGUUCGUAACAACGUCUGCGGGGUCGGCGUUGCAUUCAACUCAAAAGUUUCAGGUAUUCGACUACUAGACGGUCCAAUGACUGAUAGCCUAGAAGCCACUGCUUUCAACAAAUUUAUGUACAUUAAUGAUAUCUAUAGUUGCAGUUGGGGUCCAGAUGAUGAUGGAAAGACGGUCGAUGGCCCACACACCCUGGCCAAGGCGGCUCUUCAACAUGGCGUCACCUACGGGAGGAGAGGGCGGGGCAGUAUAUUUGUGGUUGCUAGCGGCAACGGGGGCAAGAACGGGGACAACUGCAACUAUGAUGGCUAUGCAAAUUCAAUGUAUACUGUUACAAUAGGUGCUGUAGAUGAGAAGGGUCAGAUGCCUUUCUACGCUGAGGAAUGCGCUUCUCUCUUUGCCGUCACCUUCAGCAGCGGGUCACGUCCGCAAAGAAACAUUGUCACCACCGAUUGGACACUAGGCCCAGGGACGGGCUGUACCAAUACUCAUACGGGUACAUCAGCUGCUGCUCCACUAGCUGCAGGGAUGAUAAGCCUAAUGUUAGAAGCUAAACCUUGUCUUUCAUGGAGGGAUGUCCAGCAUAUCAUAGUCUACUCUGCCUCGAAGAUUGAUGAAAAGAAAGGAGAGUGGACCGUCAACGCCGCCGGUUUCCACCACAGCCACAAACACGGCUUUGGCGUCCUCAAAGCAUGGCGUCUGGUCAACGCUGCCAAGGUCUGGCCCUCUGUUCCCUGGCUGACCUCUGUUGUCUCCCCCACCCUGAAGGUUCAUAGGGUCAUCCCCACCGUCCAGGCAGGUAGCCAGCUCACGGUCCAGUAUGAAGUGACCAAUGCAACAGCCUUAGAAAACGAGCUUUCAACGUUGGAACAUGUGUUAAUUACUGUCUCUCUCUCACACACCAUGAGGGGCAAGCUAAAGAUAGAACUGAUCUGCCCUUCUGGGACCAGGUCUGUCAUUGGGGCUAGGAGAAAGAAAGACAACUCUCGAGACGGUCUUCAUGGCUGGACCUUCUCAACCGUCCGUUGCUGGGGUGAGGAUCCCGUAGGCGACUGGCAACUUAUCAUUACAGAUUUCAGUACUGUUGGUGGGGGUGUUUUAGAAGAGUGGACGCUGGCUCUCUAUGGGUCUAAUAUGAAACCAGCGGAUGUAGCAGAGAGAAAAAUUAUGGUAGCAGAGUCUUACGGUGGGGAGUUCUUAGAUACCAACCUGACAGAGCCUUGUUCCUUCUACUGGGCUACACCCAUAGAGGAAGAAUCGUUCCUUUCUAUGAAAACCAUCAAGUUCUUGCUGUUGAUCAGUGCCUUUGCCACUGUGCUGGCCCUCUACUACUCCUUCGAGCAAGCCUUCUGCACGGACGACGAGAAGCGGAAGCACGCCACCGAGAUGGGGCUGGACAAACCUUCGGGAGACCGCUGCGGGGAGAACGAGGAACUCUUGGAUGACCAGAACAUUCCCAUGGAUGACCUGACCUGUGACCUGACCUCGGUCGACCUGCAGGAAGUGACCUCUGACCCAGGUCAAGGAGCAGGGGAGAGUGAUAUGUACGCGUGUAGAGUUCCUGUGGUGUGUCUCGAAGUCGGUGGAGAUGAUGGGUCAGCGGAUAUAGGAAGGUCAGAGGUCAUAGGGAGGUCAGGGGUCGAUGGGGAGGGGUUCGUAACCAACGUGCAAUCUAGAGUGUCUUCAGACAGUCGACAUUUAACUCACCCCGCGGGAAAUGGAUGCAUUAGCGUCCAGCCGGCAGGGGAUCAUAGACAAAGGACAGGGGUAGAUUCUUUACCUUGCGUUCGGCAUCAUGCGGGUAUGGAGCUUUCAAACUCUGUGCGUCGUUCCGCUGCUACAAGGACAGUUUCACCUGAAAUACAAGCUGCUGCAUCUCAGUUAGCUAGGCUGGAUGGAGGCUCUGUUAAUCGGCCAAUAGCAUCGUGUGAUACAGACAGACAACCUCUUGUGCUAACCACUCCCAUGAAACCAUUACCUCCAUUGGUCAAUGCCACGGAAGGCUCCUUUCAUCAGCCAAUAGCAUUCAGCGAUAUAGACAGCGAACCCCUUGUGCUAACCACAGGAAUGAAACAAACAACCUCAUUGGUUGGUGCCGUCGAAGGAUCUUCCAUUCAGCCAACAAUAUUGCCUGAAACAUUACAUUCAAACUGUGACUUAGAAUCAAGUAGUACAGCGCCCUCUGUGUUACCCGAUGAUUCAAGAAACUCCAUACAAUUCCAAACACGAUCAUGUGACAAAUUUGUAGAUGUUCCAAGUGAAGUUCCCCUCGUUCUGUCAGCCAACAGCCAUGAAGACCAAACAGUAACAAAAGAUACCCUAAGUCAGUGUGCAAUUGUGUUAGAAAAUAAGCCGCAGGGACAUCCUUUAGAAUGGGAAACUGGUGUUCUUUCAAAAUCCUCUGAGGAGGAUUGGACCACGCCCACUUUUGAUGCAUUCCAAUCUGUUUCCAUGGAUACACCGUCAAGCGAAAGUGCUGACAAGGAAAUGGGUAUUGCCAAAGUUGAACUCCGAAGCCAAACUCCUCCGUUUUUAUCUCGAUGAGGUUUAAUGCAUCGAGGGGCAUGAGUGUAGUCAGUAUGUGUUUUUGAGAGGUCAAAAAAAUCACUAUCAGACAUGAUUUUUUUUCUGUUGGAAUAUAAUUAGUUUGCAUCACUAUGGGAACAAAAUAUAUUUGUUCAUUUCUUGUGCUAAAAUAUCGAUGCCCUGUUUAAUACAUAAAGAGAUGUGAUCAAUCAUGCAAGAAAUAUCGAUUAUAGGUCUGUGACACAGUGUAUUAAAAAGAAUAGAAGAGAUUUCCUCAUAAUUUAAUCAAUUUUACUGUAUUUACCUGUCGUGAGGCUUGUGUAGUCUCUUUGGGCAUUCUUGUGCUGAAAUCUCAUCUCAACUGAAACAAGGAAGUUGUAUGAAGAGGCAUCCAGCAAUCAGGUACAUUUCAUGGGUUCGAAUUCAAGCCAUGGUGUAUUUCCUUCAGCAAGAAAUUGAUCCACCAUGAGCUGCUCUGAACCCAGGUGAGGUAAAUGGGUACCUAGCACUAUUUCAUUCCUUGAAACGCAAUGCGCAUACAUGUAAAUGCUGCUCUGCUAAAGCCAGGGUAAUUAUGCUGCAUUACUGUAUAUGUAUAUAUACAAGGCUCGACACUAACUUUUCUUGGUGGCCCGUUUAGUCCACCAAAAUUAUUAAUUUCAUAUUUUUGGUGGCCCGUAAAGCAAAUUUGGUGGCCCUGAAAUAAAUUAUUAAUAAUAAUAGGCAUUUAUAUAGCGCCAUCUAUCUAGAAAUAUUCUAUUCCGAGGCGCACAAGAAAAGAAAGAAAGAAAGUUUGGAUGAGUGUCAAAGUGCCGAUAACUAAUACUGUUAGAAAAGAUAAGACUUCAGUUUAGAUUUGAAGGUCUCCAGUGAUGGUAUCAUUCUUAAAUAUAUGGGCAAAUUAUUCCAGAGAGAAGGUGCUGAGGCCGAGAAAGCUCGCGCACCAUAUGCUACACAAAAGAAAAUACAA